CGAGGUAUUCGUGGUUCAAAUCCCGAUAUCUCAGAUGAUGAAGCAGGGCUCGAUAAAUACGGUUUAGACCAAUACGAUGAGGAAAGUAACGAGCAGAGGCGUGACCCAUUAGUGGGAAUUGCAACGUUUGCAACGCCAAUGGAAGACCCUGACAUAACGAAUCACGUGGAUAGUGAUGAAGAGGAUAAAGAGGAUUUUGAAAUCAAGCCGGAUGAUAAUCUUGUUGCUGUUGCAAAAGUUGUUAAGCGGUUGGAAGCAUGGCUUCUACCGUUGCUCUUUGGGAUCUAG